AUGGCUUCUACAGGCACAGCUAAGAAGACAGAGGGAGAACAGCCAUCAAAGUAAGUGUAAAAAGUGUUAUGAUCCAGUUGGAUUAACUGAAAUGAUCUGUUGGCUUUAGAAUACCAGGGUUGGAUCAAAGCUAUAAUUAAGAGGUCAUGGCAUUCAUCUUGCUGUUUCCUUAGACGUUACUUGUUUUUGUGCCAUAGCUAUGAACUCAUGCCCAUCUACUCUGCAUUGAUAGAGAAACUGCCAUUCGUGUCCCCAACCCCCACCUUCAGAAGAUGAAAGAGGACGUCCUGUAUCAUUUAGCUCUUGGAACUGGGACCCACAAUUUACCUGCCUUGUUUGGAGACGUGAAGGUAAGAAAAUAAACGCUGUGUCAGAACACUGAAUCAUUAAACUCUGUCUCUGAUGAUUGAAAAUUGGAUUUGGGAGAGGUACUUUCCUUAACAGGUGUUCCUUAACACCUGAUUACCUAAGGAUGGAACUACAUUGUUUGGCUGGAGAGCUACAUUGCAAAUUCUGGAUUAGUGUGAAUUUUAAUAGCGAGCUGUGUUUCACUUCUAUUGUUUCAGAAGGUGUGAAUUUGGUAGAUUCAUCUUUCAGUGUGAACUGAAUUGAUUUCUCCCAUCUAAUAUAUAAUACCAGUAACAUUUUACAGAAUAGCUAGAUCUAUCUACAUUUAGCAGACUGAGUAAUAUUAUAAAAAAUCUUCCUUUUUCUUUCUUUGAAACAUCAUUGGGUCUAGUUUGUAUGCACUGGUGGAAGCCCUUUGCGGAUGAAAGCUUUCAUCACAUCUAUUGCUAAGGAGAUGGCCAUUGGGAGCCCGGCCUGCGACUUGCCCAACAUCUGUGCUGCGACGGAUCGGUAUGCCAUGUACAAAGCUGGCCCUGUGCUAGCACUUAGCGUAAGUACACAAGCCAUUAUCUUACUUAUUUACUGCAUUGAGUUUAACUCUCACCUUUCCUCUGAGGAUCUCAGGGUGGUGUACACACUCCCAGUCACAUCCUCACAACAACCCCAUGAGGUAGGCUAGGCUGAAAGAUGCUGACUGGCCCCGAAGUUCUGCUACUCUUUAGCUUUCAUUUCCAUUCUGCCAUUGACGUUGCUGUACUUCAUGAAUGGCAGAUCUGCUUCGAAAAACUUUUUUGAAGGGAAGGAUGGAAAUAAAGAAAUAUUAAAGAGUCCAGCCAGGUCUGUUUAUUAUAUUUACCAUAUUUUUCUGUGUAUAAGACUAGGUUUUUUUUCCUUUUAAAAAGUGUCAAAAAUUGGGGGGCAUGUUUUUUUUUUUUCCUCGCCCCUGAGGCGGGGAUGAGGCUGGCGAGCUGGAACAUCAACGGGCUCCGGGCUGGGUUGGGACCCGCGGGGUUGAGGCCGCUCCUGGACUCCCUGGGGGCGGAUGUCGUCUGCCUGCAAGAGACCAAGGUCACCCGUGGGAAAGGCAGUGCCAAGUACAGACGAGAGGCAAACAUGGGGACCUGCUGGAGGAGCCACUGGCAAUAGUGUACGGCUAUAACUCUUAUUUCAGCUUCAGUCGCACCCGCAAUGGCUAUUCAGGUGUUGCAACGUUCUGCAAGGUCAGUGCCACCCCAGAGGCAGCUGAAGAAGGCCUGUCUGGGCUGUUUGCUAAGCACGAUGGCGCAGUUGGUUCUUAUGGAGAGACAGAGGGCUUCACAACUGAGGAGCUACAGGCAUUGGACAGUGAGGGCCGGGCUGUGAUCACACGUCACCGUAUUCGCACUUCAGAACAGCAGGAGACCACGCUGACAGUCAUCAAUGUGUACUGCCCUCGUGCGGACCCUGAAAAGCCAGAGCGUGGGGACUUCAAGCUGCGUUUCUAUCAUCUCUUGCAAGCUCGGGCCGAGGCACUUCUCAGAGCUGGAGGCCAUGUGGUCAUCCUGGGGGACAUCAACACAGCACACAAGCCUAUUGACCACUGUGACCCGGGAGAUCUGGAAUCCUUUCAGGAGCAUCCCGGGCGCCGCUGGCUGGACAGUUUCCUGUGGGAGCCAGACAAGGAUUCCCAGGAUGGGAAAUGCUUUGUUGACACGUUCCGUUUUCUGCACCCUGGUCAGACUGAUGCCUACACCUGCUGGUGCAACGUAACCGGGUCCCGGCAGCUCAACUACGGCACCCGCAUUGACUAUAUCCUGGCUGAUCGUGCGCUAGCAUUGUCAGAUCUGCAGGAUGCCCAGCUCAUGCCAGACGUCUUUGGCUCCGACCACUGCCCUGUGCGGGUGGCGCUUAGGAGCGUCUGCCUGGGGGCGCCCCGCUGCCCACCUCUCUGCACCCGCUUCCUGCCUGAGUUUGCUGGCACCCAGCAGAAGCUCAGCCGCUUCCUCGUGAAAGUGGAGCGGACCAGCCUGCCAGAGGAGAGGGGGCAAAAAAGGGGCGGGAGGGAACCAAAUGUUGCGGGGCUUCCAAGAAGAGACGGGUGGGUCCACCACAGAAGGGCAAGGAGAUUUGCGAAGCUUCUUCACAGCUGGAAACGGCAGGCCUAGGGCCACCACCGACAGUGCCAACUAUCAGUCGGUAAUGAAAACGAGGACAGCAGAAGAUUCUGGGGUGGAACUUCCUCUUGACGCUUCUGGAAGGAUCACUGUUGAGCAUGGGGUGGAGGAAGUUGCUGGUGGGACCCAGCCAUGCACUGGGAGUUUGAGAGAGGAGCCCACUCUGGGCCUGGCCAACGGAGAAGCUCUGGAUUGUGGGAAAGGCUCGGUCCCCUCUAGUUCAAACCAGUCCGCUGCCCUGUGGAAGUCCCUGCUGCCAGGCCCUGCUCGCCCGCCUCACUGCAAGGCCCAUGGAGAGCCCUGUGUCCUGCGGACAGUGAAGAAGCCGGGACCAAACUCUGGGCGGCGCUUUUACGUCUGCGCCCGGCCUCUGGGGAAGCCGUCAGAUCCCCGCUCCCGCUGUGACUUCUUCCUGUGGGCCAGUCGGGGGAAUCCUUGAAUUGAGAGGACAACUGAAAUGAGAGGACGUUAGACGCGCAGUGACCCCUAAGUGGAAAAGAAGGGGUUGGUUUCUAAUGGAAAGUAUCCUGGAUGUCUCGCUGCCUAAGAAGAGAGGGGAAGGCAGCCUCUGUGGCAGAGAGAGGCCUAGGCUUAUUGCCAGGGGGUCAAAGAGGUCAGGCCCAAAGUUUCCAUGGGAUCUUUUUGGGCUGUGCCAGUAGAAACUUAACUUUUGUACCAGAGCACGUUGGGAGUUUUGAGGUCUUUGAUGCCAGACCCUGCAGAUAGGAACGUUGUUUAAAGAGGAAGAAAUAAUUGGUUUUAUUAUUAAAUCAACAGUUUUACAUGCUAGGACUAACACAAGCUUUGGGAAUGCGCACACAGACUACCCUGACUUGUGAUGAGAAUUUUCUGGAUUCAUGCACAUCAAACCUGCAGUUAGGCUCUCUCUAACAUUGGGUGGAGAAGUGCUCUUAAAUGGUGCUCUUGCAGCAAGUUGCUCUUUCCCCUUAACUGCCCUCCCCUCAAACCCCUGUAAUAACAGUGAUGCAAUUGCUGGGAGGUGACUAAUCCUUAUUUGGGGCAGGGGGGGAUCUUAUUUUUUUUACUUUUGAUAAAAUAAAGAUGUUGAAAAAAAAAUUAAAAAAAAAUUGGGGGGCAUCUUAUACAUGUAUACAUCUCCCCCCCCCCAAUUUUCUUAAAUCGGAGUCCCCCAAAAUAGAGAGUGUCUUAUACACGGGGGCGUGUUAUAGACGGAAAAAUACGGUCUCCAAGGAGCUCAAGGUGGUGUCCAUAGGUCUCCUCUUCCUCAUUUCAUCCUCACAACCACCAUGUGAGGGAGGUCAGGUUGAGAGUGAGGGACUGACCCAAGAUCACUGUGAGCUUUGUAGCUGGGUGGGGAUUCGAACCCUGGCCUCUCCCAGGUUUUAAUUCCACACUCUGACCGCUACAUCAUGCUAGCUUUCUUGGGAGCACAGAUACUUUAAAAGCAAUUAUAUCUCUGUUCCUGAUGUGGGGGGGGGGGGAGACCCGAGCUAUUUGGUAUAUUUAUCUUCAGUGGGAAACUCUUCUGAUGAUGAUAGAAGGGGGCGUUUGUUUGUUGUUCCUUUUCAGCAUGGGAUAGGGAUGUCUUCCAUUGCAACUAUGUUGCAUGAGCUCAUCAAACUUCUGCAUCAUGCUAAAUGCUCCAACGUCAUCAUUAUUCGCAUUGGCACAUCUGGCGGAAUAGGUAUUUCCACUUAGUCUUUCCCCCUCCCCCUUCUAAAUAAGUGUUUUUGCGGUUGAUGGCUGUGGUGCUUAGAUCGAACCAGGCUCUCUAAAAUCACUAUGGGAACUGGAUCUAUACUGUGAAGUUGAUAAUACAGACUGGUGAAAACUGGGGGGGGGGUCCCUUUUAAGUCGGUGCCAGCUAAAAUGAAAGGAAGUAGUUUAAUAAGUGGCAAUAUGCACCCGUGGACUUGGAAGGCUUUAAAAAAGAGCAUUAGAGAAAUACAUGGAUGAAAAGGCAUUUCCAGAAAUUGAAGGCUCAGUUUUGUUUUCAGAUCAGAUGCUUCUCGGUAUAAUUAAAAAAAGGAGACCCAAUAUAAAUACCAAUAAUGUCUAUGUUAUAUUACUAAUAAAAGAUCAACAACAUGAAUACGUUUACAAAAUCCCAAAAUGCAAUGAAUCCUAUCAGACACCAAUCUCAGAUGACUGGUAAAAAGGUUGUUUCAUCCAUGAAUCUAAAUUUUGUGCUCUUUUGCAUGAAGUGGAUAUCCAUCAAAUGGAAAAUGUCACAGAGAGAGAGAGAGAGAGAGAGAGGGAGAGAAUGCAUACAGUAUAUACAUAUACUGUAUAUACAGUGGUACCUUGGGUUAAGAACUUAAUUGGUUCUGGAGGUCCGUUCCUAACCUGAAACUGUUCUUAACCUGAAGCACCACUUUAGCUAAUGGGGUCUCCCGCUGCCACCAUGCUGUUGGAGCACAAUCUCUGUUCUCAUCCUGAAGCUAAGUUCUUAACCCGAGGUACUAUUUCUGGGUUAGUGGAGUCUGUAACCUGAAGCGUCUGUAACCCGAGGUACCUCUCUCUCUCUCUCUCUCUCUCUUUAUAUAUAUAUAUAUGUACACACAUACAGGUUUGGAGCCAGGAUCUGUGGUGAUCACCAAACAGGCUGUCAAUGCCUCUUUCAAGCCUCAAUUAGAACAGAUGGUCCUAGGGAAGUCUGUACUUCGCAACACAGACCUCGAUGAGAAGUUGGCUGAGGAACUGCUGGAAUGUGGCAAGGAACUGCAUCAGUUCAACACGGUCAUUGGGAACACAAUGUGCACCUUGGAUUUCUAUGAAGGUAAGACUUCUGCAAUGCAGCCCCAUUGGUCUGAAUACUGUGUCUCAGGCAGAAAUGGGGGAGAAAUGUGAUUCAGUUUGAAGUUGCUCAGUCCUAUGACCCUGUUCUGUCUCAUUCACGCAUUGCUAGCAUUGCUUAAAAGGUAAAAUAAAACAUACAGACAUGGGCUUAGCCAGGAUUUUUGUUAAGGAGGCAGGCCUUUUGUUGGGGGGGCAGAACCUCAAUUAGCUAUGUAUUUUUAUUGAUCUUUAUUGUUGGGGGGCAGCUGUCCCUCCACCCCCCCCCGGCUAUGUUCAUUUACACAGAGGUCCCAUUAGUAAUGAAGAAAAGGUUCUUAUCUUAGUUACUUCCUAUUCCAAGGAUGACUUUGGAUUCUACAUUACAUGAGUGUAGCAUCCUUGUGCAACAGAGACAGACCCUCCAACAUUUCUUAAGUGAAAAUAGGGACAUUCUAUUUUACAUCCGUGUGCUCCCCCCCACAAUGCCUUCUCUUCUGAGGCUGGAGCAGGAACACAGACACAGUGACCGAACAAAGCAAGCUGGAGCCAAGCGACUGUAAUGUUGCCUGCUGUGUCCUGUUGGGGAAGAGGCAAAGGACCGCCUUUAUAUCCACUCAGCUGGCCACCAUUUGCUUUUAUGACAUCACAGAGCAUCCUCAGCCAAUGGCAACAGCUGGGGCAGCAUCAUCAUAACCUCUUCAGGCCUCACAAUUGUGGGUGCAGCUCAGCAGAGAUUGAUCUGUUCCCAGGGCUUUUUUUCAGGGGGAACUCACUGGAACUCAGUUCUGGCACCUCUCAGGGGGGUGCCAUUGCCAUUGCCAUUCUAAGAGAACGAGGGAGGUGUUCAUGGUGAGUUCCAGCACCUCUUUUUCCAGAAAAAAUAGCACUGUAUGUUCCCUUGGUUAUUGUUAAAACUAUUUAUAGGUGAGAGGAAGAGCUGGGAGGAGAAGAAGGAGGUAGAGGAGGAGCAGCGGCUCCAGCUAAGCCCCGUCUGAGGCGAGACUCCAUGGCUCUUCCACUCUUUCAGUCCCUGCCUGCCUUUCUCUCUCACUUGCUUUUGCCACCUCUUCUUGCUCCCAAGAUGUGGGAGCUGGUGGCCAAAGUCAGCAAGAAGGAGCUCAACUCCACAAUGGGGCUGAUGAGAUCUCAGACAAAGAGCAGCAGGAAGCAAUUGCACAUGCUUGUUUACAAAGCUAUGGUACUAUCAACCUUACUGUGUGCUUGUGAAACAUGGACCACUUAUAAACGCCAUCUCCAACUCCUCAAAUGAUUCCAUCAAUGGUGUUUCCUAAAAAUUUUACACAUCACCUGGGAAGACAGGCAAACUAAUGCCAGUGUACUGGAAGAAGCAAAGAUCACCAGUGUCAACAUCAACUUUGUUGGAUUGGUCAUGUUGUGCUGAUACCUGAUUAUUGUCUUACAAAGCAACUACAGUGGUACCUCGGUUUACGAACUUAAUCCGUUCCGGAAGUCCGUUUUUAAACUGAAACUGGUCUUAAACUGAGGCGCUCUUUCCCUAAUGAGGCCUCCCACCACUAGUGUCCUUCCACCGUUUGGAUUCCGUUCUUAGACCGAGGUAAAGUUCACAAACUGGGACACUACUACCAGCUUUGCAGAGUUCGUAAACCAAAUCUUUCAUAAACAGGGCUGUUCUUAAACCGAGGUACCACUGAACUCUAUUCCGAAAUUAAAAAUGGAAAGCGUAAUGUUGGUGGUCAACAAAAGAGGUUCAAAGACCCUCUCAAGGCAAAUCUUUUAAAAUGUAGUAUAAACACCCACAACUGGGAAACACUGGCCUGCGAGCACUCCAAUUUGAGAACAGCCUUUACCAAAGGUGUCAUGGACUUUGAAGACGCUCGAACUCAGGAUGAAAGGGAGAAGUGAGCUAAGCGGAAGGCACACUUGGCAAACCCUCACCAUGAUCAAUUCCCACCCGAAAACCUAUGUCCCAACUGUGGAAUGAUGUGUGGAUCCAGAAUUGGCCUCUACAGUCACAGACUCACUUUUAAGACCAUAUUUAUGGAAAACAAUCUUACUCGGCUACAAGUGAUCACCAAAGAAGAAGAAGAAGAAAGAUUGAUGACGUACAGAAUAAAAUAGACAGACUGAAUGAACAAGCCAGUGAGGAAAUUUUGAAAGUAGAACAGAAGUACAACAAACUCUGCCAACCAUUCUUGCCAAACUCUACCAAACUCUGAGCACAGGUGUUGAUGCUGGCAAGGCCACACUCCUGUCAGCAAUUCUGCUGCAGCAUCCUGCACUAACUGCAGCUUCCAUAUCAAGCAUGAGGAAAGCCCCACACAGAGCACAUUGCAGUAUCCAUCCAGUCUUGAAGUAACCAGCACACAAACUACUGUGGCCAGGCUUUCCCAGUCCAGGAACUGCUGGAUCCAGGAAUAGUUGCAGCUGGUAAAAGGCACUUCUGUUUGAUGUGGGAUUGUCUUUUCUUUUAAAAUUGAUCUGUAAGCUGCUCUGGGAGCCUUUGGUGUAAAACACCAGUGAAGCAAAAAAUAUUUAAAUAAAGAAAUUGACAUUCCUAAAAGCUUAGGUAGGAAUAAGGGAGAAGAGAGAGCACAAGGAAGUGGUGGAGCUUAGGGGUUUAGUGGGAAACCACAACAGGUAUAUUCCCCUGACAAAGGCUAGAUAUUCUACAAGGUCCCUUCCAACAGUUCAAUGAUUCUGUGAUUCUAAGUCUGGAAAGUGGAAGUGAAGGCAAAUGCCUUAACCAGGGUGGUCAGAAAUCCACUGAAAUCUACUGAAUAUGGAAACAGUCAUGUUUUCCCCCAUAGAACUCUGGGGAUUGUAGUUUGUUAAGGGUGCUAAGAAUUGAUAGGAAGCCACUAUCCCCUUCCCAGAGCUACAGUUCCCAGAGUUCACUCCUUUAAGAUGCAAAAGGCUAAGCAAUUAAGGUCAUAACCUUGACAAAGGAACUGGCCUGACUGGUUGAGCGAGCUUCCUGGUUUCCUAUACAUAGGAUUAAAGAUUAGGAAACGAACCACAGGUGUCAUCUAGACUGACCCCCCCCAUCCCAUAACUAUCAAAAUAUGAGGUUGAGGCAUUGUUAAAUGUGAUUUUUCUCUGUGUGCAAGGUGUGUCAAUAAUAUAUGAUGUGAUAUUUUUAGGUCAAGCUCGCCUUGAUGGUGCUAUCUGUUCCUACACGGAAGAAGACAAAAUGAAAUAUUUAAAGGCAGCUCACGAGGCUGGAGUAAGAAAUAUCGAGAUGGAAUCUGCCAUUGUUGCAGCAAUGUGCAAUCUUAGUGGUAUCAAAGGUAACUCAUGCAGCCAGUCUUGAUGCAUCUGCUGUAGAAAUGGUCAAACUUUGACCUAUGAAUUUCAGCCUCUCAGGUAGCUGCUAGCUAAUGCUCAAUUCCUAUUAAGGUGAUACUUUGAUCUGGCAAACCAAAAUUUCUCAAAAUAGUGUGCAUGCUUUUGAGUUCUCCAUAGUUCAUCAUCAGGGUUGCUGGUGGACAAAAUUUGUUGAUGGUGAUACCAAGAGUGUAUCAGAUAUAUCUGGCAAGUUUUAAAGGAGAAUGUGGGAGGAUACAUUCAAAUUAGACUCUUUACAUGCAGGUAUCAGAUUGCAUCAAAUCAUCCUGGGAAGAGGACGGUGGCCUACUUUACACAUAGUGCUAAACUGUGGUUUGCUUUAAGCCAGGGACGGUUAGCCACUUUUGUCCAGCAGGCCAGAACAAAAAGUAGUCACCCUUUCUUGGGCCACUUUUGAUAGGUGGGCAGCUUUGAUGUCAUAUGAUGUCAGGUGGUUCUGAGCCCUCCAGAAAGCAGUGGACCUUGCAUUAGGUGCCAAAUCUAAAGUGUUGAAUGUAAGCUGUCUUGGAAGGGAACAGCCCCCUUCCUAAAUUUGCAUUGAAGCUUUUUCUAUCAUCCCACCUCUUACUUGCUUUUUCUCUAAACUAAAAAGUCUCAAACAUUGCAGCCUUUCCUUAUAGGGGAUUUGCUCCACCCGUUGAUCAUUUCGGUUGCCCUUUUCUGAACCUUUUCCAAUUGUACAAUAUCCUUUUUGAAGUCAAUGACCAGAACUGGUAUGGAUACCAAUUAUAUUACUACUUCUACUACUAAUAAUCUUGGCUAGCAUGAAAACAGAAUUUGGCCUUUUGCAUAUCUUCAAGACUUGAAUGCUUUUAAAUGUGUAGUGGGUAGGAGUGGGCUUAUUGAUUUAUUCUUGUUCUUGCUUUUAUUAUGUAUCUUGUGGUUUUUUAUCUUGUAUUUUUAUGCUGUGAACUGCUGUGAGAUAUAUGGAUGAAGGGCACUAUACAAUUUUAAAUAAUAAUAAUAAUAGGGAAAAGGGGGGAGUGUUAAAUGACUAUCACAGCAGCAUUAGGCAGGCAAGAGAAGUUGGCUUCUGGCUUCUUCAUUCUCUUGUGUUCCCUUGAAAGCCACAUUUUGGGUCCUCUCCUGUUUUCUUUCACUGACCUCUAGGUGCUGUGGUCUGUGUCACACUCCUGAAUCGACUUCAAGGGGACCAGAUCACCAGCUCUCAUGAAGCCCUGGUUGAAUACGAAGAGAGACCCCAGAAGUUGGUGGGGCAGUUUCUUAAGAAGCGUCUUGGGGGGAAGUGA